AAAUGUGACAAAAUACAUUCUUGGUGUCACUCAACACUGUUUUCAAAAAUGUAUUUGAACUUGGGUGGGAUUUUAACUUUUACCAAAUGGCUUUCUUUCCAAAUUAGAUGGUCUUGGUUCCAAAGGUAGUAGCUACUGCAGAUCCAAUUCCAAGUGGACAAGCUAAGAAAAAGUAGCAAUGCCCUAAGAGAGGCAUGCGGUCAGAGCAGAUGGUUGGGGAGGGAGGUGAAAGACCAGGUGAGGUGGAACCGGGCCCCCAUUUGGGGGUGGGAGUUCUCAAAGGGGUGUGGCAUGGAGAAGGAAUCUGUGAGGCUUUAAGGAUGCCCAGGGUGAAUGGGGUGGAGACAAGAGGCAUUAAGUCCAGGGAAGAAAGCCACCAGACGCACCAGAAGCUAGUUCCGUUUCUGUUGCCUUAAAGAGCUGUUCCCCUUUGAGAUGGGAAAGAUGUUUAAGAGCAGUAGUGCUGCUGGGUUGUAAGCGUGGGAUGCCCGAGACAGCUGGAUUGCGGGGAGAGUCAGACAGGGUGGCUGAAAGAGCCAGGGGCUGCUGAGCUCAGGGCAAAGAUAAGAGAAAUCCGUGCUGUCCUGGGCCAACUACUUCCUUUGGGUGGGCCUCAGUUUCGUCAUCUGUGAAAUGGAAAGAUUGGCUAGAAAACCCCACAGGCCCCUUCCCAGUGUGAACUCUGCCAGUUAAUAAAAUGACUACUAGUUAUCAAAGAGUUGACCUGGGAAUUAAUUAUUCAAGCUAUCAAAGGCAUCCCGCACCCUCAGGGGCUCCACCCCAGAGUUGAGCAAUCUAAUCCACCACUCACUUCCUCCACUGUGUUCUCACCACCGCCGCCCUCUGUGUCAGGCACAUCUGCCUUCCUGGAGGUGUCGCACAGGUGACAAGCCCAGAAUCCUGGCCGGAAAUUAAGUGUACUUCAAAUAUGGAAGGAUUUAACUGGGAAAACUACAGUGACGAAGAUUUUGGUAAUUACACUUACAACACUGACCUGCCCUCUAUUCUACCAGACUCUGCCCCAUGCCGCCCGGAAUCUCUGGAUAUCAACAAGUAUGCCGUGGUCGUCAUCUAUGCCCUGGUCUUCCUGCUGAGCCUCCUGGGAAACUCCCUGGUGAUGCUGGUCAUCUUAUACAGCCGGGUGGGCCGCUCCGUCACCGAUGUCUACCUGCUGAACCUGGCCAUGGCUGACCUGCUCUUCGCCCUGACCUUGCCUGUCUGGGCCACCUCCAAGGCAAAGGGCUGGAUCUUUGGCACAGCCCUGUGCAAGGUGGUCUCACUCCUGAAGGAAGUCAACUUCUACAGUGGUAUUCUACUGCUGGCCUGCAUCAGCGUGGACCGCUACCUGGCCAUCGUCCAUGCCACACGCACGCUGACCCAGAAGCGGCACUGGGUCAGGUUCAUAUGUUUAGGCAUCUGGGCCCUGUCCUUGAUCCUGGCCCUGCCCAUCUUCGUCUUCCGAAGGGCCAUCCACCCACCCUAUGCCAGCGCAGUCUGCUACGAGGACAUGGGUGCCAAUACAACGAAGUGGCGCAUGGUGCUGCGGGUCCUGCCCCAGACCUUUGGCUUCCUCCUGCCCCUGCUGGUCAUGCUCAUCUGCUAUGGACUCACCCUGCGUACGCUCUUUGCGGCCCACAUGGGGCAGAAGCACCGUGCCAUGCGGGUCAUCUUUGCUGUCGUGCUCGUCUUCCUGCUCUGCUGGUUGCCCUACAACCUGGUCCUGGUUGCAGACACUCUCAUGAGGGUCCGGGUGAUCGCGGAGACCUGUGAGCGCCGCAAUGACAUCGGCCGGGCCCUGGAUGCCACCGAGAUCCUGGGCUUCCUCCACAGCUGCCUCAAUCCUCUCAUCUAUGUCUUCAUUGGCCAGAAGUUUCGCCACGGACUCCUCAGGAUCAUGGCCAUCCAUGGCCUGGUCAGCAAGGAGUUCUUGGUCAAGGACGGCAGGCCUUCCUUCGUUGGCUCUUCUUCAGGGAACACGUCUACUACCCUCUGAGACCGCACGCAGGGCUCCUCCCUUCCCUUCAGCAUCCGCCCCAAGCCGCAUGUCCUCUGGCGGCUCACAGCCCUGUGUCCAGGCAGCCCCCCAUUGUGGUUACAGGAAGUUGCUGAGGCCACAUCCUUACUAGGCCCCCAGCUAUGGAUUCGAAAGCCCUGGCCCCCACCUCUUAUCGUAAUUACCAUGUCAACUGCUAGAGCUCAGUCCAUCC